UAACCAUCUUUAGUAUCAAAUGGCAACGGGAAGGGGAGCUUCCCUCUUCUUCAUCUCCUUCCUCUCCUUCCUCUCCUUCCUCUUCUUAGUUUGUGUCAAUGGAAACCCAAAUUAUAGGGAUGCAUUGGCCAAAUCUAUACUCUUUUUUGAGGGUCAGAGGUCAGGGAGGCUCCCUAGAAACCAAGAAAUCACUUGGAGGUCCAACUCUGGUCUUUCUGAUGGUUCAUUAGCCCAUGUGGAUCUAACGGGAGGUUACUAUGAUGCUGGUGACAAUGUCAAAUUCAACUUUCCAAUGGCAUACACAACCACAAUGUUGUCAUGGAGCACGCUUGAGUACGGCAAACGCAUGGGAUCGCAGCUGCCAAAUGCUAGAGCUGCAAUUAGAUGGGCCACAGAUUACCUUCUCAAGUGUGCCACGGCCAGUCCAGGCAAACUUUAUGUAGGCGUUGGUGACCCAAAUGCUGAUCAUAAGUGCUGGGAACGCCCUGAGGAUAUGGACACGGUUCGCUCUGUUUAUUCUGUCUCUGCUAGCAAUCCUGGCUCAGAUGUUGCUGGAGAGACAGCAGCAGCUCUUGCAGCUGCAUCGAUGGUUUUCAGGAAAGUCGAUCCCAGUUACUCAAAGCUGCUCUUGAGAACAGCCAAGAAGGUAUUGCAGUUUGCGAUACAGUAUCGAGGUUCAUAUAGUGACUCACUUGGCUCGGCUGUGUGUCCCUUCUAUUGCUCAUACUCCGGCUACAAGGAUGAGUUACUCUGGGGUGCUUCAUGGCUUCUAAGAGCCACCAACGAUGUUACUUAUUUGAGUUUAUUGAAAUCCUUGGGAGCUGGUGACUCAACCGACAUAUUUAGCUGGGAUAACAAGUAUGCUGGUGCUUAUGUUCUUCUCGGAAGGAUGUCUCUUUUGAGCAGGGUAACAACCUAUGAUUCAUAUAGGCAAGAAGCUGAAGAUUUCAUGUGCAAAAUUUUACCAAAUUCUCCCUCUACAACUACACAAUACACAUCAGGGGGUUUGAUGUUCAAGCUAAGCGAGAGUAAUCUCCAAUAUGUGACAUCCAUAUCCUUCUUGCUUACUACAUAUGCAAAGUACAUGGCAGCUACUAGGCACACUUUCAACUGUGGCAACAUUUUGGUCACACCAAGCACUUUGAAAAGCCUAGCAAAGAGACAGGUGGACUACAUUCUUGGGGAGAACCCCAUGAAAAUGUCUUACAUGGUUGGGUUUGGAUCAGACUACCCAAGAAAAAUUCACCACAGAGGGUCUUCUUUGCCAUCAGUGUUAAGUCACCCACAGAGCAUUGGCUGUGAUGGCGGUUUUCAACCGUAUUACUAUUCAUCGAACGCUAACCCUAAUAUCUUAACCGGCGCCAUCGUGGGAGGACCAAAUCAAAAUGAUUUUUACUCGGACGAUCGUACUGAUUACAGCCAUUCGGAACCAGCCACGUAUAUUACUGCUGCCCUAGUUGGACCCUUGGCAUACUUGGCAGGGAGUUACAGUCAAUGAUGGAGUGGCUGCCUUGCUUACCCAUGGCAUUGACAUUUUAGAUUUGUUCUUUUUUUUUAACCUUUCAUCCCUGUUUCAAUCACAGCUAAGUUGUGCCACCCUCAUAUGAGAGAGGUUUGGAUUCUGAAUUAAGAUGUAGAACUGAGUCUUUGUGCACUCUCCAAGAAAAGGUGGAAGUGGUGUAUUUGAAUUAAGAAAUGUAUCUUGUUUGUUGAA